AUGCAACUUACCAUCCAGCCCCCUCUGCGGGUACCAACUCACCUCCCCACCAUCUCGCCCCUCAGCGGGUUCCCACCCGCCUCCCCACCACCGCGCCCUCGGCGGGUUCCCCACCCACCUCACCCACCACCGCGCCCCUCGGCGGGUUCCCACGCCUCCCCACCCCACGCGCCCCUCGCCGUCCCCCACGCGCCUCCACCGCGCCCCCUCGGCGGAUUCCCCACGCCUUCCCCAACUCCCCACCACCGCGCCCCCGCCCCUCGGCGGGUUUCCCCACCCCUCCUCCCCACCACCGCACCCCUCGGCGGGUUCCCCACCCACCUCCCCACCACCGCGCCCCUCGGCGGGUUCCCCACCCGCCUCCACCGCGCCCCUCGCGGCCCUCCCACCCGCCACCCCACCGCGCCCCUCGGCGAGUUCCCCACCCGCCUCCCCACCACCGCGCCCCCUCAGCGGGUUGCCCCCACCCGCCUCCCCACCACCCCCACCGCCCCGGUCGGCGGGUUCCCCACCUGCCUCCCCCCCCACCCCAUUCCCACCCGCCCUCCCCAGGCGGCCCCUCGCGGGUUCCCCCACCCCCGCCUCCCCCACCACCGCCCCCCUCGGCGGUGUUCCCCACCCCCCCGCCCCCCCUCCCCACCACCGCGCCCCUCGGCGGGUUCCCCACCCGCCUCCCCACCACCGCCCCCUCCGGUUCCCCACCGCCUCCCCACCCCACCGCGCCCCUCCCCCCGCCUCCCACCACCCCCCCCCGCGCCCCUCGGCGGUUCCCCACCCGCCUCCCCACCCCACCGCGCCCCUCGGCGGGUACCCACCCGCCUCCCCACCCCACCACCGCCCCCUCGGCGUGUUCCCCACCCGCCUCCCCACCAUCCGCCCCCCUCGGCGGGUUCCCCACCCGCCUCCCCACCCACAGCCCCCCCCUCGCGGGUUCCCCACUGGCCUCCCCACCAGUUCCCCACCCGCCCCACCUUUCCCACACCCCACCGGCCCCUCGGCGGGUUCCCCACCCCGCCUCCCCACCACUGCGCCCCUCGGUGGGUUUUCCCCACCGCCUCCCCCACCCCACCGGGGGGGGGGGGGGGGGGGGGGCGCCCCUCGCGUGUUCCCCACCCCGCCCCCUCCCCACCACAGCCCCCCUCCCCUCGGCGGUUUGCCCCACCCGCCUCCCCCACCCCGGCGGCCCCUCCCGCCGGGUCCCCACCGCCCCCCUCCCCACCACCGCGCAUUCGGCGUGUUUCCCCACCGCCUCCCCCCCACCAGGCCCCCCUCGGCGGGUUCCCCACCCGCCUCCCCACCACAGCCCCCCCCGGCGUUCCCCACCUGCCUCCCCACCAGUUCCCCCACCCGCCUUCCCCACCGCCCCACCGCGCCCCUCGGCGGGUUCCCCACCUCCCCACCACCUGCGCCCCUCGGUUGGGUCCCCGGGGGUUACCCCACCCGCCUCCCCACCACCACCGGGCCCGCCCCCCUCGGCGUGUUCCCCACCCGCCUCCCCACCACAGCCCCCCUCGGCGGUUCCCCACCCGCCUCCCAACCACAGCCCCCCUCGGCGGGUCCCCACCACCGGCGCCCAACUCGGCGGGUUCCCCCCGCCCCACCAGUUUCCCCACCGCCUCCCCACCCCACCACCCGCGCGUUCCCCACCCGCCUCCCCACCACGCCCCUCGGCGGGUUCCCCCACCCGCCUCCCCCCACACACGCGACCCCUCGGCGUUGUUCCCCACGCGGGCCUCCCCACCACAGCCCCCCUCGGCGGGUUCCCCACCGCCUUCCACCUACCAGCCCUCGGGCGGGUUCCCCACCCGCCUCCCCACCAGUCCCCACCCGCCCCCCCCCCUCCCCACCGCGCCCUCGGCGGGUUCCCCACCCGCCCUCCCCACCACCCCCUGCGCCCCCUCGUGGGUCCCCACCGCCUCCCCACCACAGCCCCCCUCGGCGUCCCCCACCACCCGCCCCUCCCCACAGCCCCCCUCCGGGCGGUCCCCACGCCCCUCUCCCCACCCCACUGGUUCCCGCCUCCCACCACCGCGCCCUCGGCGGGUUCCCACCGCCUCCCCACCACGCCCGCCCCUCCCGCGGGUCGGCGGGUCCACCCGCCUCCCCACCACCGCGCCCCUCGGGCGGGUUCCCCACCAGCCCCCCUCCCCACACCAGCCCCCUCGCGGUUCCCCACCCGCCUCCCCACCACCGCCCCUCGGCGGGUCCCCACCCGCCUCCCCACCGUCACGCCCCUCGGCGGGUCCCCACCCGCCUCCCCCACCAGCGCCCCUCGCGGGUUUCCCCACCCGCCUCCCCACCACCGCGCCCCUCGUCGGGGGUUCCCCAACCCGCCUCCCCACCACCGCCGCCCCUCGGCGUUCCCCCCCACCCGCCUCCCCACCACCGUUUCCUUCCCCACCCGCCUACGCCCCUCGGCGGGGGUGUCCACCGCGCCCCUCGGCGGGUUCCCCACCUGCCUCCCCACCACCGACCCCGGCGGGUUGGCGGUCCCCACCCGCCUCCCCACCCGCCCCCCACCAACCCGCCCCUACCACGCCCCUCGCGGGUUCCCCCACCCGCCUCCCCACCAGCCUCCCCACCGCCGCCUCCCCACCACCGCGCCCCUCGGCGGGUUCCCCACCCGUCCUCCAUCCCCACCCGCCUCCCCACCACCGCGCCCCUCGGCGGGUUCCCCACCCGCCUCUCCACCACCGAGCCCCUCGGCGGGUUCCCCACCCACCUCCCCACCACCGCGCCCCUCGGCGGGUUCCCCACCCGCCUCCCCACCACCGCGCCCCUCGCGGGUUCCCCACCCGCCUCCCCACCACCGCGCCCCUCGGCGGGUUCCCCACCCGCCUCCCCACCACCGCGCCCCUCGGCGGGUUCCACCCACCCGCCUCCCCACCCACCACGCCCCUCGGCGGGUUCCCCACCCACCCGCCUCCCCACCACCGCCCCCCUCGGCGGGUUCCCCACCCGCCUCCCCACCACCGCCCCCCCUCGGCGGGUUCCCCACCCCACCACCACCACCGCCCCCCUCGGCGGGUUCCCCACCCGCCUCCCCACCACCGCCCCCCUCGGCGGGUUCCCCACCCGCCUCCCCACCACCGCGCCCCUCGGCGGGUUUCCCCACCCGCCUCCCCACCACCGCGCCCCUCGGCGGGUCCCCACCCGCCUCCCCACCAUCACGCCCCUCGGCGGGUCCCCACCCGCCUCCCCACCAUCACGCCCCUCGGCGGGUUCCCCACCCGCCUCCCCACCACCGCGCCCCUCGGCGGGUUUCCCCAUCCCCACCCACCUCGCCCCACCCACGGCGGGCCCGCCUCCCCACACCGCGCCCCUCGGCGGGUUCCCCACCCGCCUCCCCACCACGCCGCCCCUCGGCGGUUUCCCCACCCCGCCUCCCCACCACGCGCCCCUCGGCGGGUUCCCCACCCACCUCCCCACCACGCGCCCCUCUCGGCGUUCCCCACCCGCCUCCCCACCACCGCCCCCCUCGGCGGGUUCCCCACCCGCCUCCCCACCACCGCGCCCCUCGGUCUGCAGCGCUCCCACUAA